UAAAUUCUUUAUAUUUUCUAACUACACUGAAGGUUAUAAGUGUUGUUAGAGAGGGGACAUAUUUACCAUGUGCAGGGCUGCCAGGCAGUGUGUCCAACUCGUUCUUCCGUCAAGAUGGCUGCUCCGAUCAGCAAGAAGAAAAAGUUUGUCAAGGAUGGUGUGUUCAAGGCAGAACUUAACAGGUUCCUUACUAAUGAGUUGGCAGAGGAUGGUUACUCAGGUGUACAGGUUCGCCACACCCCUGCACGAACAGAGAUCAUUAUCCUUGCAACCCGCACACAGAAUGUGCUAGGUGAGAAGGGGCGGCGUAUCAGAGAGUUGACGUCCCUGGUACAAAAACGUUUUGGAUUUGCAGAGGGGUCUGUCGAACUAUAUGCAGAGAAGGUAGCACAGCGUGGUUUGUGUGCAAUUGCACAGGCCGAGUCACUUCGAUAUAAACUUGUGGGAGGUCUCGCAGUCAGGAGAGCAUGUUAUGGUGUGCUCCGGUUCAUCAUGGAAUCUGGCGCUAAGGGUUGUGAAGUUGUGGUGUCUGGUAAGCUCCGAGGACAGCGAGCCAAGAGCAUGAAAUUCACAGAUGGUCUCAUGAUCCAUUCUGGUGAACCUCGGCGUCAUUACGUGGACACUGCAGUUCGUCAUGUACACUUACGCCAAGGUGUGCUGGGUAUAAAGGUGAAGAUCAUGUUGCCAUGGGACCCAACUGGCAAGAAUGGCCCACGUACACCACUUCCUGAUCAUAUCAACAUUGUGGAGCCUAAGGAGGAGUUGAUGCCUGCUGAGCCACAUUCAGAAAACAAGAUGGAGAAGCCUGCAGCUGCUGCUGCUGCCGCUGCAGCUGCUGCAGCGGCUGCUGCUGCUGCUGUUCCUGCCCCAGCACCAGCGCCUGUUCCCACUGAGUUGAUAGAGUGAGGUCUGCCGUCCAAGAUGCACUCCAUUGCUGCACAACCAACUGCUAUAGACUGCUGGAUACCUGAAAAAAUGUAGUAUAAUGGAUGCUAUAAUUUUGUGUAUGGUAAUUAGUUUUCACACAGUUGAGAUUAAUAUAUUGAUGUUAUAUACUGUAUACUUUGAUUUCAGUUCUUUUUCAUAUGGUCCUUGGUAUUUGAAUUUACAAAAGUCAAUAGAACUCAUCUAUAAAAUUUAAGAAUUUGCUAAUUCUUUUGUUUAAAGGUAAAAUUGUGAUUAGUUUCAAGGGUUAUAAAUGGUGGGUACUUACAACAUGACAUAAAUAAUUUUGAUAAAUACUAAAUAAAAGUCAUAGUAGUUGGAGAAA